AGCAACAACAGUUCGAACAUUAUCCUCAUUCUUCCAUCUACUUCUUGUUUCUAUUCCUCUUCCAAUUCAUCUCUCCUCAAUCCAUUCACUCAAACUUCACUUCAAACCACACCCAAAAAAUCAAAAUGAAGUUCGCCACUACCAUUGCUGCUGCCAUCCUAGCAUUCACUUCAUCCACAGUCGCCGCUCCAGUUUCAGGCCCCUACAUCACUCCUGAAACCAUAUCCAUUCACCAUGGCUACAACGGCCAGAUCGAGUUCAACGUACGUCGGGGCAAGAUCCAGCGUCAACAAAGCGGCAACGACGACAUCUCAACCCUCAUGACCUUCUCCUUCCCCCAGGCAGCAGAUGGCAAGACCUGCGAAUUCAACUUCGAGCUCAACGACGGCACCUUCAGUGUCACACCCGACGUUGCUCAACUGGACGCCUUCCACUCCUCGCAGUAUGCAACUGCCAGCAGCCCAGGCUGGGGACCACCAUCAAACUACCGUGACGUCCAAUUGGGCAGGCUCGAGGUGUCGAAGUGGGGAGGCCUCGCCCAGCAGAAAUGGGGAAGCUUUUCGUUCCCGUGUCCAUCAGGGAAAAAGGGAUUCGAGGUUGCCCCUACUGGCGAUGCGAUGACGAUUGAGUGGGACUCGCCCAGUGAUGGACCAUACAUUCGGUACUACUAGAUGGGCUCGGAAUGGUAGAUGGUGUUGGAUAUUCGGAAGAUAAGGGUUCUAAUGGGAUAUGAAUGGAUAGCAUAGCACUUGGCGUUGACAUCUAC